AUGAGACUUCAAACUGGAUCUCAAGGAACUGAUGAUAAAGAAACAACUGAUUUCUCAAAUUGGAUUCUAAAAGUAGGAGAAGGGAAAUUGUCAGUACCUAAUGAUGGUCAUGCUGACAUAGAAAUUCCUGAGGAGUUCUUGAUCCCUAAAUCAGACAAUCCUAUAAAAGCAAUAGUUGAGAGUACUUAUCCAGGAUUAUUAGAAAAUUACAAGAAUGUCCAUUAUUUGGAAUCAAAAGCCAUCUUAGGUGCAACCAUUGAAAUAGUUGAUGAAAUCAAUGACUAUGUUCUAAGUCUUAUACCAGGAGAAGAGAAAGAGUACUUGAGUUCAAAUACCAUUGACCGGUCUAAUGUUAACGAUCCUGGAAUAUAUGAUUUCAUAACUCCGGAGUUCCUUAGUUCUCUCCGUACAUCUGGUCUUCCCAAUCAUAGAUUAAAACUAAAAAUAGGGACACCUAUCAUGUUGAUGCGAAACCUUGAUCAAUCGGAAGGACUGUGUAAUGGAACAAGAUUAAUUGUGACAAAGAUGGCUAACCAUGUACUUGAAGCCAAAAUCAUGUCAGAUAAACACGAAGGAAAUAUCAUAUAUAUUCCAAGGAUGACAACAUCACCAUCGCAAUCUCCAUGGCCAUUUAGAUUAUCAAGAAGACAGUUUCCCAUUAUUGUGUCAUAUAUGCAAUGA